AUGCCUUCAAGUAACAUCGCCUCCAAAUCAAAGCCCCUUCCCCGGGGCGUUUAUACCCCUGUCGUCACGAUCUACAAAGCCGGCGACCCUCUGCAGCCUGUCGACCAUGAUGCCAUGUACAAGCAGUGCCAGGCUCUGGUGCGCGCAGGCAUGCAUGGCCUCGUCUACCUCGGCACCAACGGCGAGCUCGUUCUUCUCACAGCCGAUGAGCGCAAAGCCAUCGUCGAGACUGCCGCUCGUGCAGUAAAAGACCUUGGAAAGCCAGACUACCCCAUCGUUGCCGGCAUUUCAGCGCAGUCAACACGCGAGUCCAUCUUGAACGCCAGGGAUGCCGCGAGCGCCGGCGCUAACUUCGGUCUGCUGCUGCCGCCGAGUUACUGGGCAAAGGCACUCUCCAGCGACGCGAUUCUCGGAUACUACCGCGACGUCGCUGACAACUCUCCCAUCCCGAUCGUCAUCUACAACUUCCCUGGUGUAACGUCGGGUGUGGAUCUCGACUCGGACCAACUGACCGCUCUCGCGUCGCACCCUAAUAUUGUGGCAGUCAAGCUGACAUGCGGAAAUGUCGGCAAGGUUGUGAGGUUGACGAGCAAGUUUGCCCAUGAGCAAUUUGGUGUCUUUGGUGGUAGCAGUGAUUACCUCCUUCCAACUUUGCAAUCUGGAGGCAGUGGUUGUGUUACUGGCAUGGGUAACAUCUUCCCAGGCUCGACGUCUGCUGUGUAUGACCUGUGGGCGGCCGGAAAGAUUGAGGAGGUCCAAAAGCUACAGUCUGAUGUUGCAAACGCAGAAUGGGCUUGCAAGAAGGGCAUUGCCUUGACCAAAUAUGGUGCUUGGCACUUCCUUGGACGCGAUAUUGGUAUUGAUGACGAGUCUUCGUGGGAGAUGAGGAGGCCGUAUUUGCCUCUUAGCGAUGCUACAAAGACGUGGGCUUUGGAGACAUUAGGCGUUCUGGAAACGACCGAGAAGCAAAGGUCAUGGAGCAAAUAA